AUGCCGUCGAGGAAGGUUCUACUUGCCCUUCUACUUGCUCGGCGAAGAAAGAAAAGGAGCAACAAAACGCGGUCGUAUAUUCGGCCUUUGAAUUCUUUGAGAAACGUGCGCGGGGAAUACGCGAUCCUAGUCAAUGAUUUGCGUUCGAUGGACGAAGAAAGGCAUUUUCAAUUUUUCAGAAUGUCAAAAGAACGAUAUAACGAUCUGCUUAGUAGAUUGAAGGAAAAGUUAACGUUCGGAAAGAAUCACAGGUAUCCUAUAUCAGCCGACGAAAGACUGGUGCUCACUUUACGAUACCUUGCUCAUGGAGAUGCACAGCAAAACCUAGCCAUCACAGGUCGAUACGGUAAAUCGACAGUAAAUCAAAUCAUUUACCAUACAUGCCGCGCUAUUUGGGAUACACUCUCAAGCGAAUUCCUAAGCUUUCCUGAUGAGCAAAAAUGGAAAGAGAUCGCAAACGAUUUCUGGAAAUAUUGGAAUUAUCCUCAUUGCCUAGGAGCCAUAGAUGGAAAGCACAUUGCAAUAAAGGCACCGGCAAAUGCAGGAAGUGACUAUUACAACUACAAAGGGCUCAACUCCAUAGUACUUCUAGCUGUAGUUGAUGCCACAUACUCAUUCGUGAUGGUAGAUAUUGGUGCUUACGGCAGGCAAAGCGACGGAGGCGUCCUUGCAAAUUCAGUAUUUGGAAAGAAACUAAACGCAGGGACAUUGGACCUUCCAGCACCCAGUGCACUGCCAGGCUCAGAAUUAUCCGAUGAAAAGAAGGUCUAUAACUAUAGACAUUCACGAGCACGUCGAAUUUCUGAAAAUGCUUUUGGAAUCUUGUCAGCCCGCUGGAGAGUUUUUGGUCGCACAAUUGAAGCCAAUCCAGAAAAUAGUGUGACAAUAACGAAAGCAUGUAUUGCAUUACACAAUUAUUUAGCAAAAACAGAUUUUCAAAAUACGCCAAAAGCCCGAUAUGUGCCUCCAACGCUGGUUGACCAAGAACUACAGGGUGACGUUGUGCCAGGGACAUGGAGAGAAAUACAAGCAAACAGUAUCCGUGCAAUAAAUCGAGUUGGUAGCAAUAUGUCAUCGAAACAAGCUACAAAAUAUAGAGAACAGCUAAAAGAUUUUUUCUUGACCGAUGAAGGAAGCGUACCUUGGCAAGAAACUGUCGUUCGUAGAGGACGACUUCAGAAAUAA